AAUCCCAAAAUGAAUGAUAUUAAGUAUCUUCUUUCUUCUUGUCCAUCCAUAUCGAAAAUAAUUUGCUGUAUCGUCCUGUGUUUUCUUCUCCCUCUAGGCUUAUAUUUCAAAAACACCAGCAAAGCCCCAAGCUACUGGAUUUUCUUUGGCACAUUUCCGGAAUUAUUAUGGAAUUGCAACCGCAUGUAUGAAAAGUGUGCUGAAGUUUUUCUUUCACUUGGCAAAGGUUCAUUUUAUAUAGAUGGACCUAUGUUCUCCAAACUUAGAUAUCUUGUAACGUGUCACCCACAAAAUAUUGAAUACAUACUCAAAACCAACUACAACAAUUUCCCCAAAGGAGACGAUUUCAGGGACGUUUUCGAGAUACUUGGUGAUGGAAUUUUUAACGUGCAUUCUGAUCGUUGGAGGAUACAAAGAAAAAUGGCUCAUGCAGAGUUGGCAUCAAGAGAAUUCAAAACCUUAGUUUCGAACACGAGCCGCAAGGUGGUGGAAGAACAAUUAGUAUCAUUUCUAGCUCACGUAGCUGAACAAGGGUCGAUCACUGAUUUACAAGAUGUUUGUUCAAGAAUUGCUCAUGAUAUUAACGUCAUUUUAGUUUUUGGAAGAAACGAAAAUUAUCUUUCGAUAGAGCUUCCUUCAAAUGAACUAGCUGAGGCUUUGGAUGAUGUACCACUAGCGCUAGUUUACAGGAAUAUGAUGCCUACUGUUUUGAGGAAACUACUUCAUAGGUUUGAAAUUGGUGAAGAGAGAAAGUUAAAGAAAGCUCAAAAGAAGAUCCACAAAAUUGUUGAAGAUUACAUCUGCCAAAAAAGAAAAGACUUGGUUGCAGGAGUUAAAUCAUACGAUCUCUUAUCAACUUACAUAAAAGAUCUGGAUGACGAGACUAGUAUUGUUUCCUCUUUGCCUGAAAAAGAUAUUUUUCUUAGAGAUGAAAUGAUUAAUUUUUGGAUAGCUGGACGAGACACGAUUACAUCAGGUCUCAUUUGGUUUUUCUGGAUAGUUUCAACGACACCCGCUGUUGAAACAAAGAUCUUGGACGAGCUGAAUUUCUUAUCUUCGCCUUCCAAGAAGGAAACAGAAACAGGAAGUAGUACUACUCGCAAAUGGCCAUGGAUUUUUGGUUCAGAGGAUUUAAAAGGUUUAGUUUAUCUGCAUGCAGCAUUAUGUGAAUCUUUGAGAUUAUACCCACCCCUUCCUUUUAACAAAAAAUCUGUCGCAAAGAAAGAUCAACUUCCGGAUGGGAGUACGGUCGAGCCUGGAAUGGAAAUAAUGCUUUCAUUUUAUUCAGUAGGAAGAAUGCCAUGGAUUUGGGGUGAAGAUUGUUUGGAAUUUAAGCCAGAGAGGUGGAUAACUGAAAAUGGGAAGCUAAUCACAGAGCCGAUAUCGAAAUUCUUUCCGUUCAACAUUGGACCGAGAACUUGUAUCGGCAAAGAUAUAUCUUUUACGAUGAUGAAGUCUGUUGUUGCAGCUGUGCUAUUCAACUUCCAUGUUGAAGUGGUGAGAGGCCAUGUUGUUUGCUCCAAACCAUAUAUAAACCUUCAUAUGAAAAAUCGAUUGAAGGUGAAUAUUAAGAAAAGAACCAUAUAUAUUACUACGUAUGUUGUUUAGACUUUAGAUCAAGCACUGCGUUUAGUUUGGAGAGUGAUGUUUUUGCUCAUCUUUCUUUGGUUGUACUACUUACGUCCAUCCACAUUAUAUAACUGGAGG